AUGGAAAAACAAGGUCCGACCGGUAGUCCAACUGAUACUAGUGGUAGUCCAACUGAUACUAGUGAUAGUCCAACUGAUACUAGUGGUAGUCCAACUGAUACUAGUGGUAGUCCAACUGAUACUAGUGGUAUUCCAACUGAUGCUAAUGGUAUUCCAACUGAUACUAGUGGUACUCCAACUGAUACUAGUGGUAGUCCAACUGAUACUAGUGGUAGUCCAACUGAUACUAGUGGUAGUCCAACUGAUACUAGUGGUAUUCCAACUGAUGCUAGUGGUAUUCCAACUGAUGCUAGUGGUAGUCCAACUGAUGCCAGUGGUAGUCCAACUGAUACUAGGGGUAGUCCAACUGAUAUUAGUGGUAUUCCAACUGAUACAAGUGGUAGUCCAACUGAUACUAGUGAUAGUCCAACUGAUACUAGUGGUAGUCCAACUGAUACUAGUGGUAGUCCAACUGAUACUAGUGGUAUUCCAACUGAUGCUAAUGUGUCUAUCCCAGUUACUGAUUUGACCAAAUGGAAUAAAGUUUCCAAUGGAAUAAGACGAAAUGCCAAACGUGGGCAAUUACCCCCUCCCCAAUAA